AUGUGCAGUCCACAUGAAAGCCAAGGUGAAUUUCUGCCUCCACCUAUGCCCACUAUGCCAAUGCCUGAGUCAGGACAUACACACUCAGACUUGAACAUUCUGUCCAUCACUGAGGACGAGGCCCGAGAGGCCUUCAUCAAGUUUGCCUCCAGAAAGUGCUGCUACAGCUCCUCCCCAGCCAGAGAUGGAGUCAUCACCAGAAUGGAGGCCUUCAACACUUACAGGUAUCGCCUAAAGACAUUCAGUGAGUCCAGAUCUACUGAAUGGAGCCAGGAGCCCUACAUAGGGAUGCCCCACUUGUCUUGUGACAGGAAGAGGAAGAGGCGGAGGCCGUGCCAGAGAACGUGCCAGAGGCCGAGAUGCCAUGUUUGCAGGGGCCUGGGCUAUCUUCCCUGCUGCAAGUGCCAGGGCAGGAAACGGAUAGUGGUGUACGUCGUCCUUGAAGUCAAUUGGACUAGCCAUACUGACGUGUAUGUGGUGGAACAGAACAGCGGUCUCAAAGUGGAUCAUCUAAGGAAAGUGUCUGGAAAGAAGAUUUUAAAAGAUACCCAAACCCCCAUGGUACAUUCUCUGAGAGACUUUCCUGAUCCUGCUGUGGUUGAAGCCUCAGAGAGGCUGACGAGGGAACACCAUGCCAACUACCAUUCCCAGACUUCACGCAUCCGGCAGCAGCGCCAGACGAUCGAGCUGAUCCCCAUCACUCGAGUCGGCUACAUGUGGGAGGAAAAGUCCUUUGUGUAUUUUGUGUUUGGGAAAGAGUUCAAAGUGAGCUCUGAGGACUACCCUGCCAAGUGCUGCUGCUGCUCUGUGUUGUAACUGAUGCUAAGCAGGCUGCAGUACACUUCUCCUCCAGUUGGGGGCUCUAUGGCCAUGUAUUGUGUGUAAGAGAAGUCCCUUGUGGUAAUAAUGUGAUGAAUCCUGAAAUAAAAUAUUCACUUGUUUUUGUAUACAUGAAA